AUGGGAAGAGACACACCGACGAAUAACAUACCACUGGUUAAAGAAGAACAGAUAACAACAGAUGAAGCUUUAAAAUUAUAUACAAAUACCUUAAACUUCAAUGUAAUAAGUCGAUAUGAUCCAUCAAUAAAACAAUUAUUAUGUCAUACAUCCCAUUGUGUUAUCUAUAAAUAUAACGAUGAUUCUCAAGAAUGGAUAAAGACCGAUUAUCAAGGAACUUUAGCUAUGUAUGUCAGAGAUUUCAAAGUUCCACCGCCCACAAAAUCAACUCGUACUUAUACAGAUUUACAAGAUUUAUUCUGUUAUGGACUUAUAUUAUUAAAUAGAAAUAGUCCUGAAUGUUUUUCAUUAGGAUUAUUACCAAAUAAAGUUAGUAAGCAUUUCUUUCCAAAUGGGUUAAGUGAUUCUGGUAUUCUGGAAAUGGAUGUUGAAUUAAAUGAUAAUUUAAUUAUCGUGAGAAAUCUUCUAGGUGACAUUUAUGGUUUAUGGGUAUUCAAUGAAGAUGAUAGACUAAAAUUAUUCAAAUCUAUUGAAUUCUGUCUUAAUAGUGAUGUAAAAUUAUAA